AUGCGGAAGGCCGACCGUGCGCAUGGCUGGAGAAUAGGGCUUGCGUUUUUCUUUCUGACAUUUUUGGGCAUCUUUUGAAGCUGAUAGGCUAAUACUCAUUGCACUAACCAAUUAUAUUCGUCGGCUGCAGGAAACACGGGGUAUCUGUGCGAAAAAACAUUUUACUUAAAAAGAAGAAACGCCCUACGUCUGCUUGUGGAUAUAUCACGUUAAAGUAUAAAAGCGUAGGCUCCUGCCUUUUGCUUGGCAAUGCGCUGUUAAAUGGGCGUAGCGAGCUUUCAUGAAUUGAGACCCCCCCCCCCCCCCCCCGCGGUGUACAGUUUCCGUCCUGUUGAUUUUUUUUAAUCAGUUGGUGCGUGAGGGAACGAGUAAAAGAGAGAGGCAAGCUUCUUACUGUCUGUAGUACUUUUUAUUUCUUGGAAUUUAACCGCGGUAUAAAAAGAGGAACAAUCUAGUGGUCUUACAUGUUUGCCCCCGUCUUUUAUUUUUUUGUGUACAUAUUUUUGGGCGCCGGUAACGCAGGCGCUUCUUCUGCCUUAUCUCGCAUAUGCUCCAUUACACGAAUUGCCUAGCGAGCGGCAAACAUUUCUAUUGAACAUUUUUAAACGGGGCACUUCAGUCAUUCGGAAAGGGAAGCAAGUAGGUUAAACAAUGUCGAAGAGAUUAAAGAGCAGCGACGUUUGCGCCGACUGCAGCGUUCCUGAUCCGCACUGGGCCUCUGUUAACCGAGGCGUUCUUCUCUGUGAUGAUUGCUGUAGUGUACACCGCAGUCUGGGACGACACAGUUCACAAGUUAGACAUUUAACACACACAGCAUGGCCUUCAGCACAGCUGCAGAUGGUGCAAACAUUGUAUAGCAAUGGUGCCAAUUCAAUAUGGGAACACUCCCUCUUGGAUCCUGCAUCAUUAAUGAGUGGCAAGCGCAAAGCUAACACCCAGGACAAGCUGCACCCAGGGAAAGCCGAGUUUAUCCGAGCCAAGUACCAGAUGCUGGCAUAUGUACAUCGUAUGCCGUGCCGAGAAGAUGACAGUAUUACUGCCAAGGACCUUAGCAAGCAACUUCAUUCAAGUGUGAGGACUGGAAAUUUGGAAACCUGUUUACGGUUGCUUUCAAUGGGAGCCCAGGCCAACUUCUUUCAUCCAGAGAAAGGAAACACACCUCUUCAUGUUGCCGCAAAAGCUGGACAAAUCUUUCAAGCAGAGCUGCUAGCUGUGUAUGGUGCUGAUCCAGGAGCAUUAGAUGCUAGUGGCAAAACCCCAAUUGAAUGUGCAAGGCAGUCUGGCCAUCAUGACUUGGCAGACCGUUUGGUUGAAAUACAGUAUGAGCUCACAGACAGGCUAGCUUUCUAUCUCUGUGGAAGAAAACCUGAUCAUAAAAAAGAACAGCACUUUAUAAUUCCCCACAUGGCAGACAGUAGCCUUGAUUUGUCUGAGCUGGCCAGAGCUGCAAAGAAGAAGCUUCAGUCCCUCAGUAACCAUUUGUUUGAAGAACUUGCCAUGGAUGUGUAUGAUGAAGUAGACAGAAGGGAAACUGAUGCAGUUUGGCUAGCAACACAGAACCAUAGUACACUUGUCACUGAAACAACACUUGUUCCAUUCCUUCCAGUGAAUCCAGAAUACUCCUCCACAAGGAACCAGGGGAGACAGAAACUUGCAAGAUUUAAUGCUCAUGAGUUUGCUACACUUGUAAUUGACAUUUUAAGUGAUGCCAAACGUCGACAACAGGGAAACACUGUUUCAAGUCCAAAAGAAAACAUAGAGCUGGUUUUGAAGAAUAUUGGUAGCCGGCAUGGAAGUGAAAGCCAAGACAACGACCAACCUGACUAUGACAGUGUGGCUUCCGAUGAGGACACAGAUCACGAGCCAACAGGAGUGAAAGCAAGUCGGGCAAAGAGCAUGGAUUCAGACUUUUCAGAUGGUCCAGUUUCUGUGCAGGAAUUCAUGGAGGUUAAAAAUGCAUUGACAGCAUCAGAAGCAAAGAUUCAGCAGCUUAUGAAAGUGAACAGUAACCUGAGUGAUGAGCUCAGGCUCAUGCAAAAAAAGCUUCAAACGCUUCAAAGUGAGAACACGAUGCUAAGGCGGCAGGUUACAGGCAGUAUCUAUCAGGUCCCAAGCGCUUCAGAGUGCCCAGAAUCUUCCAGUCCAUCUGCCUUGAAACGGCGGCCGUCCGCGCGAGGUAGCCGCUCCAUGUCUAUGUAUGAGACAGGCUCGGGUCAGAAGCCCUAUCUCCCCAAGGGAGAGGCCACCUACCCAGAAGAAGGUAUAACCAGACUCCAGCCGUUCUCACCACAUAUUGGGAGGAGUGCUUAUGUGAGCGCCUCUUCAUCUCUCCCAUCCUUCCCUUCCUUGUUAUCCUGGUCACGGGAUGAAAACACCCGAAGGGCUUACAAAGCAGAAAAGCAAAGCAGCAUGCCUGAGAGUGAUUAUGACAACACAGCCAAUGAAUUGGAGCUAGAAGACACUGGUUUCAGCAGGAAAACAAAGCAGAAAGGCAGCAGCUGGCAAGGUGAGGGGACAAUCGCAGAGUUAGAAGAUCAAGACUCUGAGCCAGAUGCAACUCUUCCAAGCACUGAGGAUGUCAUCCGAAAAACGGAACAAAUAACUAAAAACAUACAGGAACUCCUGCGAGCCGCUCAAGAGAACAAGCAUGACAGACCCAUUGAGCGUGAGAGCUUACGAAGGCUGCGGAACAGUUUUGGCUGUUUCAGUACCCUGGUUCCUUGGACCGACAAAUCUCCUCCUUCCCUGCAAUCUCUGAGCCUCCAGCAGCCUGAUCCUGCCUCCUGCUUUAUGCCAUGCUCCGAAAGAAUACAUGUGGCUGUAACAGAGAUGGCGGCCCUAUUUCCCAAGAAGCCACGCUCAGAAAUGGUGCGCACCUCCCUCAAGCUUCUAACAUUGAGUGCCUUCCGGCUGCAGUCUGAAUGCAAGAAGACCCUGCCUGUGGAAAGUGGCCCGGUGUCGGACAUGCAGCUUGUCACUCAGCAGGUUAUCCAGUGCGCCUAUGACAUUGCCAAAGCGGCCAAACAGCUGGUGACCAUCACCACCAAAGAGAACAGCAACUGAGGGGCAAGUUGCCAAUACUUGUGCCCACUUUUUAUUUUUCUGUUUAAGAAAACAAUUCUUCCUUCUUCAUACUUUCAGUAUUAAUUUUUUUGCUUAUUGCAUGCGUUCUCAAAGUUCUUCCCAACCAAAUUAUAGUGGCGGCAGCUUAUGUUUUCACGAAUAAGUCUGUUCUUCCUUAAGGACUACUUGGCAAGAGUAUUUCUCCUCCUGGAUGAAGAAAUGACCGUGGGUAGUAUUAUUAAAGCUCUCUCUAACUCUCAAAGUCAGAUUUUCUAAGACAGCUACUUAAGGAGAGGAACAUUUUCCCCCCCUUUGAAAAUGAGAAAGGGUCCAUCUAAGUGGGCAAUUCAGAUGGGAUAUUUUACUGCAAGGUUUUAAAUUGGUUCUCCUCCCCAAUUUCAAAUACAUACACAAUUAUUCAUUAAACACCAGCAUGCAUUUUCUAUUUCCUUUUAGCCAGGUGCUUCUGCACUAUGCUGGUAGCCCAACUUCAAAGUCUAGUUAUCCAACUGGUUUGCACGGACUGGAAAAGAAAAAGCCAUAAUCCUGCCCCAUUAGACCUACAUACCUCAGUGGCCAUCAUCAGCCAUGACACCACAGAUUUAGAUUUAAUUUGCACAAAGAGGCAGCGACUUGAAUUUUGCUCGUUUUCUGUGACGUUAUAACUUACACUUCCCCUCUACCCAUGGCAGUCAGUCAAGUCUCCACAUGAGUAUUAACUUUUUCAAGCUUGUGACUUUAAUUUAAAGCUACAAAAAAAAAACUUCACAGCAAGACAAGUAUACAGUAUUUACAUGAACAAUGCAAUGGUCUUGUGUUGGUGCCGUAGUCUAAUUCAGUGCAAGAAAACAUCAAUCAUGAUUAGCUGAUAUUCUAAAAGCGCCAUCUCAGGAAAGAAAAUGUCUUGUUGGGUGCAGAGCCUUAUGUCUUUAUGUUGUACUUGAAUAUCACUCAAAUAUGCAUCUGCAUACAAUGCAAAGUCUGCUAGUUGUUCUUACAACCAGUGCCAGCAUUUUGAAGCAAACUGCCUUUUUAUUUUAUUAAUAUAUAUAUAUAUAUAUAUAUAUAUAAAUAUAAACAUUUGUAUUUAUAAACUGUGACAUACAUGCUUUUUGUUUUGACCUUUAUUGUAUAAAGUGUAUUACUGUAAAAUGAUCUUGUUUUUAUUUGUAUUUUUUCUUGCCUGCUAAAUAUGCAAUAAAUAAGUUCAAAAAG